UGCAUUUGGGAGUCAAGGUUGUGGGUUUAAAACACAUUAAUAUGGCUUCCCACAAAAUUAUGAGUGUUAUUUUCCUUGUGUUAUUAGGGUUGGGUAUAUGUUCUGCCAAUAGAGCCCUCCUCACCCUUCAAGGAGGUGUUGGCUAUGGCUCAGGCCAUGGUGGUGGAGGCGGCAGUGGCUAUAGUGCUGUAGGCGAACAUGAAACUAUUGCCUAUGGAGGUGGUAGUGGAAGCGGUGCUGGUGCUGGUGCUGGUGCUGGAGCUAGUGGAGAACACGGUGCUGGUGGAGGUGGUGGUGGUGGCAGUGGCGGUGGAGGAGGCUCUGGUGGUGUCGUCGGAGAGCACGGUGCUGGAUAUGGAAGUGGAAGUGGAAGUGGUGAAGGAGCCGGUGCUGGGUAUGGUGCUGGAGGUGAACAUGGAAGUGGUGGUGGUGGUGGAGGAAGUGGUGGUGGAGGGGGAGGUGGUGCUGCGUAUGGUGCAGGUGGAGCCCACGGAGGUGGUUAUGGUGAAGGAGGUGGCAGCGGUGCUGGCUAUGGUGCAGGUGGAGAGCAUGGUGCAGGUGGUGGUGGGGGUGGUGGUAGUGGUGGUGGUGGUGGAGCAGGAUAUGCAGGAGGCGCAGGAGGUAGUGGAUACGGUAGUGGUGGAGGAGAAGGAGGGGGUGUAGGAGGUGGUGCAAGCGGAUCUGGCGGUGGCGGUGGCGGUGGCUCUGGUGGUGGAGGUGGUUAUGGUGCCGGAGGGGAACAUGGAAGCGGAUAUGGAGGAGGAAGUGGGAGUGGAGAAGGUGGUGGUCAUGGUGGAUACAUCCCUUGAGAAUACCUCAUUGGCUCAUUCACCUCAAAGGGGACAUGUCCUUACUUAUUACUAUUGUAAUGGUGCAAAAUAAGUUUAAUUUUGGCAACAGGAUGCUUAGGUCAUGAAGUUAUAUAUAUUCUAUGAAAUCCAAAAACGGAUGCCUACAAGAUUUGUAUGAAAAAGUGUGUUGCUUCUUUUAUGACUUCCUAAAUUUAAGACAUGGUGCAAUUUCAUCCACAAAA